AUGUCGUUCUUGCGGUCCCAGAGCUGCCUGCGGCUCUCUAGAUCAUACAGGCAAGUUCCUCGAUCGACGAGAUGGUUAUCGCAGACACCGCAGCGAAGACUCGGCGAGCCGGACCCGAAAGCAAUCCCCGACGUCCAGGCCAUGCAAGCGACCGAAGACCAAGCUUCCCUUGUUGAGGUCGAGGAUUCCAGCAUCGAGGCGUACCAUCCACCCCAUCAGCCUAAUUAUAAUGCGCCGGUCGACUUUGCCACGUCGCUCUACUCGCCCGUUCCGAAACGAGUGAUGAACGGCAGCGAACCGGGGGAGAUCACGCCCGCCGCCGUCCUUUCCGGGGCUCCCGUGGAUCUACAAGCUCGAACAGUCAGAAUCUACAAGCAAGCCAAACCUGCCACGCAAUCUGGAACGUGGGGUUCACACGCCUGGCGCUUGGACUGGGAUGUCCUGCCCAAAGGCCAUCGGUGGGAGAAUCCCCUCAUGGGCUGGCAAUCGUCGGGCGACGUGAUGCAAGGCACCAAGAUUUCGUUCAAGACCAAGGAAGACGCGGUUGCGUUUGCCGAGAAACAGGGCUACGAGUGGUAUGUUCAUGAACCGCAGGAGCGGCGGUUCGUGCCCAAGGCGUAUGCCAACAACUUCCUCCACGAGUCGGGACCGAAGAUAAAGCACAUCAAGACGAAGUAG